AUGAAUUUUGUUUUAUUAGUUUUUGGUUUAUUUGGAUUUUGUCAAUCUAUACCAAAUCCUGGAGGUAUCCGAGUUCGGCUCCCGGAAUCUCCGCCACCAGCAAGAAAACAAUUACAAGCAACAAAAAUGGUAAAAGCGAAACCAAACCAAGAUUGCAGGAACCUGCUAGAUGUUGUAGCUGUUGUUGACGGAUCAGAUAGCAUUACCUCAAAAGAUUUCCGAACACUGAAAAGUUCCAUGGUAGACAUGAUGGAAAGUUUACAACUAGCAGACGACCAAGCAAGAUUUGGUCUCGUACUGUACAGUAGCAACGUAGCAGCUGAAAUACCUCUCAGUGCCAACAGACAACAACUGAAAAACAAAAUCAUGGGACUGAGGCACCCAAGAGACGGAACCAGAACGGAUCUAGGUAUCAAGUCAUUGCGCAAAAUGUUCUCCAGUCAAGGUCGUCCAGGUGUUCCCAGGGUGGGAGUAGUUAUCACUGACGGGAUAUCGAAGAAUCCCAGAGACACUGCCAAAGAAAGCGCCCUCGCGAGGUCUGAGGGCAUCAAACUGUAUGCAGUGGGCGUGUCCGAUUUGAUUGCAGAGAAUGAAUUGAAGUCUAUUGCAUCCAAUGGAACCAGGGUUCUCUCUGUCUCCAGCUUUGACCAGCUCAAACUUGUGUUCUCUUCUUUAGUUGUCCAGGUGUGCCCUACAACGACGACCAGUACUACCACAACCCCUACUACCACAACCCCUAAACCAACUACUACCAGCACUUUACCACCUACCACCAAAAAACCAAAGAAUCCAUGUGACAGCUGUAAAAUGUCAAAUGGCGCCGGUUUUACACGACAUCCCACAGACUGCUCCAAGUUCAUUCAGUGUUAUUUCGGAAAUAAUGGUUUAAAGAAGAUGUCGUAUCAGGAAUGUCCUUGGGGAAACUUUUGGGAUCAAACGUCCUUGACCUGCCAGCCUGCGCACAGAGUCAAAUGUCCCACUGACCGCUGUCUGGACCCGGAAGUAUUAACCUAUGACCUCCCCGGAAGUUGUCGGUCUUUCUGGGCUUGUGAUGGCGGAGAAUCAAUUCCGAUGUGUUGUCCGUACGGUACUUCGUACCAUUCCGGAAUAGGAUGUCUUCCGGAUAGCGGUUGCAAGGAUCCUUGCCCGCCACGUCCAACACAACAUCUGAAUCCAAGAGCUCUGAUGUCGGACAAAAUAAGCCCUGAAAAGAACGCACCCCUUAGAAAACUAUCUCUUCCAGCUUUAAAACCCAAACUGACAAUUAAACCAAGAAAACCAGCUUGUGACAAGAAGCCCGUUCGUGGAGAUUCCAACAGCUUUGAACAGUUUGUACAGCGUUAUGGCUGGAUAAAGAUGCCCUGUGCCCCAGGUACACAGUACAGUCAGGCCGAUUGUGAAUGUACAACUAGAGUACCAUACUCGUCAAACAAAACUGCUGAAUGCACAUCGAAGGUGAAGCUGAAUUUUUCAGACGGGUUUGAAGAUGAGCGUGACAAACGACCAGUCUAUAUUGUCAACAACAACGUCUCUUUCUCGGGAGGAGUUGCCAAAUUUACCGGAAGUAGUCGAUUGCGCGUACCCCAGCUUUCCAAUGUGGAUUAUGGAGAUUCGGUCAUGCUCAAAAUCCGUUUCCGGGACUCCACUAAUAGUUCCGGGCGUCCACAGGCUAUAAUAAGUAACGCAGAUUGUGGAAACAAUGCAUCUAUACUAAUUGCAAAAGACAAGGAUCGCAUCAUGUUUGGCGCCCAAACUGAAAAGGGAGACUACACUCAAAUAGAAAUUCCGAAACCGAAAACUGAAUGGAAAAAUGUGAAAUAUUCAUACAAUCUCGGCCGUCUCCAGGGUUCAGUGAAUAAUGAGCAAGUCACCAGAUGGAUUCCGGGUGGAGGAAAAAUCCAGUCUAGACCGUGUGCACUACAGAUUGGACAUGGCGAGAAUUUGGAUGAUUUCGAGGGGGAUAUUGACGAUCUUGAAAUCUACACGCAGUGCAUGCCACCUGAGGAAAUGUAUUUUGAUGAAGAUUAUUCGGGAUUUUUAUAAAUAAUCACAUGAUUCUACUAAGUACUAUGAAAUCCAAAAUUUAACAGAAGAAAAAAAAACCCUCAUGAUCUGAAGCAGCUAUGCCAAAAAAUGACACAUAAAAACCUGUGUAACUUAAUAGUUCUGUCGGAUGCACGU